CUGACUGGCUGAGCGUUUAAAUGGCGCCCUUGUUGUUUAUGGUGAACAGUUCCUAGUUGAAAAGCAUGCAGUUUUCACUUUUUAUGUGAUUGUACGGAACAUCAGUAUGACUCAGAUUAACCCCGAGGUAAAAUAUGUUGUCUGCACAUUGCUGGAUAAAAACGACCAGUCCAAGUAUGUGUUUUUUACGCAAAAGCGAUCAGCAGGAGACACAAACAUAGGAUUUACCAAUGGUGAAGAUGUUUGGAAAACUCAUCUUUCAGAGGAGAUUGUGUCCCAGCUUUUUAAGAAGUUUGCCUUAAAAUCCACAGAGGAUUAUACCGUCAAGCUCAAAUGUGCAUGUAAGACUGGCAGAGCAUUUGUGAAGCUGCAGGAGGACAGUGCUGUGCUGCAUUUAGGAUCUGAACCAACAGACCUCAGUCUGUCUCUUUCAAAACUCACUGACUCAGAGGGAAGGACAGAAGUCAAGGAGCUGCUAUUUAAAAUGGCUGACAACCUGCAACAGCUAGAAAGUCAAGGAGCGUCAUCUUCAUUUAGUCCAGUCAAGAACCCUCAGAAGAAGAGUUCUGAAUUUGAACCUAGAAAACAGCACACGGGUCCAACAGUAGCAGUUAGAAAACGUCUUCCUGGGGAUUCUCUCAUCAACCCUGGAACAAAAAGAAAGAAACCUGCAACAGGUGUGGCCUUCGAUGAUGGAGACGAUGAAUGAUGAUAUCGUGAGCUUUUAUUAAACAUGAAUUGUCUAUUUUUUAACCACCUCAACACUAUCAGUUUUUAAAAUAUAAUUGCAUAGCAAUUACACCACAAACUGUUUUAAGUCAUCAUGCAUUUUUUUUUCUUUUAAUUGUGUUGCAAAUAAAAAAAGGCAUUUUUAAAUUUAAGGAUUAUAACUGAAAAUGUUUUAUUAUUCAAACGACUGUGUACAAAUAAAAGUCACAAAAUCAAUUGAACAAUUUAUUGAUUUAAUUAUUAUCUUUUCCCCGUUAAUAUUAAAAACACCAGUUCACCCCAGUUAGAACAAGAGCAUGAAAACGAUAAAGGUAAUUGAAAACAAGCUGAAAAGGUCCAGUCAAUCUUGUUACAAGGGAAUUCACCUGAACAUAGGUAUUACUGGAUGAAAAAACGUUCAUAAAUAUUGAAUCAUAUUCAUAUGUACUGAAGUUACAUUCCAAAGCACUUACUAGAAAGAUAAAACUAAAUCACCUCCUUAACCACAAUGCUAUUUUAUAUGAUACAGAACCACACUCAUGUUUGCUGGUGUCUUAAAUCACUGCACAUGUUCAUUUCCAAAGUGAAAAGCAGCUAGCACUGAUCUUUAGUUAGGCUGUUGAGGUUCUCGUUAGCAGGAAAUCUUAUUUUGAGGAAAACUUUUAGCAGGAAAGGAGACUUUGAGUGUUCAGAGUUCAUUGGGUCAGUUUUCACAUAGCUGGUCACAAUUCAUUUACACAUUUCAAAAACCGCUUCAUUUCCCUUUGGUCAUCAUCGUACAUAAAAAUGCACCGACGGCCUCCUCAUCCGUCUUUGCUUUCCUCUCUU